UUCCCUUCCUCCACCGAUCUGCCUCCUUCCGCCGAUUCCUCGGCUUCCCCGAAGACCCUUGUUCUUGGAUUCGGAAUCGCGUUCGUGAUUAUGGAAAAUACAAAAAAUUGGAAAGCGAAAAGUUCAUAUCUUGGAAGACAAAUGUUGGCCACGUUUUGUAGAUAACACAGAGGAUGGGGGAGAAAAUAAGAAACUCCAUUGAUCCUCCAUUGAUGUGUGUUGGUUGUUCCUUAAGUCGCAAGCCACCAUGACAAGUUUAUUGUACUCUUCCCAUGGCGGAUUAUCAAUCUCAGGAAGAAACUCCCACGUCGGAAUUCCUGAUUUAUUCCGAGCCCGAGAAGCAAGGCGAGUGAAAUGGUCACAACAACGAUGGAGAUUCAGAGUCAGGGAAGGAAAAAUCACAGUACCUCCUCAAGCAACCAAUGCUUCUGAAGAAGUUUCUUCCACUGCAGAAUCAGAGGCAAGAGAUUCGGAUUUUCCCGGGUUCAUGUUGGCAAACUAUGUUCCUGUCUAUGUAAUGCUCCCGCUCGGUGUAAUCACGAACGAUAACCUUCUAGAAGAUGAAUCAAAGCUCGAGAAACAGCUCAAGAAGUUGAAAUCAGCUCAAGUGGAUGGGAUAAUGGUAGAUGUGUGGUGGGGAAUUGUGGAAUCAAAAGGGCCUAAGCUAUAUGAAUGGAAUGCUUAUAGAAGCUUGUUUCAGACAGUAAGAAGAUGUGGACUGAAAGUUCAAACCAUAAUGUCGUUCCAUAGAUGCGGAGGCAAUGUAGGGGACGACGUUACCAUCCCUCUCCCGAGAUGGGUACUCGAAAUCGGAGAUUCAAAUCCCGACAUCUUCUAUACAAACAGGACUGGUAACAGAAACAAGGAGUGUCUGUCUCUUUCUGUGGAUAACUUGCCUAUCUUCCAUGGAAGAACAGCUCUUGAGAUGUACAGAGACUACAUGAAGAGCUUUAGGGAUAAUAUGGCAGAUUUUAUUGAUUCUGGACUUAUAAUAGACAUCGAAGUAGGUCUUGGUCCAGCUGGAGAGCUCAGAUACCCUUCUUACACUGAAACCCAAGGUUGGGUUUUCCCGGGCAUUGGAGAAUUUCAAUGUUAUGACAAGUAUCUAAGAGCAGACUUUGAGGAAGAGGUGACAAGAAUCGGUCAUCCAGAAUGGAAACUUCCAGAAACUGCAGGAAAAUACAACGACACGCCAGAGGAAACCGGAUUUUUCAAGGCAGACGGGGGGGCGUACCUUAGGGAAGAAGGAAAGUUCUUCUUGACUUGGUACUCGAGCAAGUUACUCAUUCAUGGCGAUCAGAUCCUGUCAGAAGCCAACAAAGUGUUUCUUGGGUGUGAACUCAAGUUAGCAGCAAAAGUUUCCGGGAUUCACUGGUGGUACAAAUCUGAUAGUCAUGCUGCUGAGCUCACGGCAGGUUAUUACAACAUCGAAAGCAGAGACGGGUAUCGCCCCAUCGCGAGAAUGCUGUCCAGACAUCACGCAAUAUUGAAUUUCACAUGUCUGGAAAUGCGGGAUGCAGAGCACCCGGUUAACUCUAAAAGUGGACCUCAAGAACUUGUUCAGCAGGUUAUGAGCUGUGGCUGGAGAGAAAACGUCCAAGUUGCGGGUGAAAACGCGCUUUCGAGAUAUGACAGAGACGGGUAUAACCAGAUCCUACUAAAUGCGAGGCCUAACGGUAUUAACCUGAGUGGUGACCGGCCAAUUCGGAGGAUGUUUGGAUUCACAUACCUCAGAUUAUCUGACAAACUUCUGAGAGAACCGAAUUUCGUAACGUUUGAGACGUUUGUGAGGCGGAUGCAUGCUAAUCAAGAGUACUGUCCAGAUCCUGAAAUGUACAAUCACAAAGUAGGCGCCUUGGAGCGAUCAAGACAGGAAAUUUCGAUGGAGAAGAUUCUGGAAGCAACCGAAAGGGUUGCACCAUUUCCAUGGGACGAAGAAACAGACAUGGGCAUUAGACCCUUUGAGAGUGUACUCUCACUUCUGAGCAGCAAAAUGCGAUCUAUGUUCUUGAAGAACAAGCCCUAGAGACAAGACUCUAAUAGCAUACCCAAGAUGCCAAAAACAUUGCAGAGUUGUAAUCUUGGAAUGAAAUCUAUGUAAAUAUUGUAAAUGGACCUCAUAUAUUGUUCCAUCCAUCCAUCCAUAUGUAGCAACCAUGAUGAUGAUGAUCCACUAGACUCCUACUCCAUGCCCUUUUCCUAAUUACACGCUGUUAUUUUGCUUUU